UCUUCAGAAUUAGAUCUACACACAGCACGCAACAACAGAAGAGAAAACCCAAAACUAAAAGCCCCUUCUUCUUCUUCUUCUCUCUCUUCUCUCUUCUGCUGCUUCAUGCAAUUGAACUCAGUCCAAUUACUCACCAAUUAAUGCCCCAAAUUCAAGACCCUAAUCUCCAUCGCAUUGGCAGCUGCAAAAUCCUAACUCCACCAAUCAUCAGCAGCAAUGGAGCAGCUGAAGACCAUAGGGCGAGAGCUUGCGAUGGGUUCUCAAGGCGGCUUCGGCCAAUCCAAGGAGUUCCUGGACCUCGUCAAGUCCAUCGGCGAAGCUCGAUCCAAGGCCGAAGAAGAGCGCAUCGUCCUCCUCGAGAUCGAAACCCUAAAACGACGUCUCUCCGAGCCUGAAAUCCCCAAGCGCAAGAUGAAGGAGUACAUCAUCCGCCUCGUCUACGUCGAAAUGCUCGGCCACGACGGCUCCUUCGCCUACAUCCACGCCGUCAAGAUGACCCACGACGACAAUCUCUUGCUUAAACGCACCGGUUACCUCGCCGUUUCGCUCUUCCUCAGCGACGAUCACGACUUGAUCAUCUUGAUCGUCAACACCAUCCAGAAGGAUCUCAAGUCUGACAAUUACCUUGUCGUUUGUGCCGCCCUCAAUGCCGUUUGCAAGCUCAUCAACGACGAGACUGUGCCUGCCGUUUUGCCCCAGGUCGUGGACCUCCUUGCCCAUCCCAAGGAGGCUGUCAGGAAGAAGGCCAUCAUGGCGCUUCACCGCUUUUAUCAGAAAUCGCCAUCUUCUGUUUCGCAUCUGGUCUCCAAUUUCAGGAAGCGCCUUUGUGAUAACGAUCCGGGAGUCAUGGGUGCCACGCUCUGCCCGUUGUUUGACCUCAUUACAAUCGAUGUGAAUUCUUAUAAGGAUUUGGUGGUCAGCUUUGUCAGCAUUCUCAAACAGGUCGCCGAGCGCAGGUUGCCCAAGACCUACGAUUACCAUCAGUUGCCGGCGCCCUUUAUUCAGAUUAGAUUGUUGAAGAUCUUGGCAUUGUUGGGGAGUGGUGAUAAGCAAUCGAGUGAGAAGAUGUAUAUGGUAGUCGGCGAUAUUUUUAGGAAGUGCGAUUCUACCAGUAAUAUAGGAAAUGCUGUACUUUAUGAGUGUAUUUGUUGCGUUUCUGCCAUAUAUCCAAAUCCUAAGUUGUUAGAACAGGCUGCUCAAGUCAUCUCAAGAUUUUUGAAGAGUGACAGUCAUAAUUUGAAAUAUAUGGGCAUUGAUGCCCUUGGUCGACUAAUAAAGAUUAGUCCAGAGAUAGCAGAGCAACACCAACUUGCCGUCAUUGAUUGCUUAGAGGACCCAGAUGAUACUCUGAAGCGAAAAACAUUUGAACUAUUGUACAAGAUGACCAAGUCCUCCAAUGUGGAAGUGAUUGUGGAUCGUAUGAUUGAUUACAUGAUUAGCAUUAAUGAUAACCAUUACAAAACAUAUAUAGCUUCUAGAUGUGUGGAGCUUGCGGAGCAAUUUGCACCAAGUAAUCAAUGGUUUAUCCAGACCAUGAAUAAAGUCUUUGAACAUGCGGGAGAUUUGGUAAAUGUCAAGGUGGCACAUAACUUGAUGAAGUUGAUUGCUGAGGGAUUUGGAGAGGAUGAUGAUUCUGCAGAUAGUCAGUUGAGAUCAUCUGCGGUGGAGUCAUAUUUGCGUAUAAUUGGUGAGGCAAAGCUUCCAUCUGUAUUUCUUCAGGUCAUUUGCUGGGUUUUGGGGGAAUAUGGAACUGCUGAUGGAAAAUAUUCUGCUUCCUAUAUCACUGGGAAGUUAUGCGAUGUGGCAGAGGCGUAUUCAAAUGAUGAAUCCAUCAAGGCUUAUGCGGUUACAGCAAUCAUGAAAAUAUAUGCCUUUGAAAUUUCAGCUCAGAGAAAAGUGGAUAUCCUACCUGAGUGUCAAUCUUUGGUGGAAGAAUUGUCAGCUUCUCACUCAACAGAUCUGCAGCAGCGUGCAUAUGAAUUGCAAGCUGUCAUUAGCUUAGAUGCUCCUGCAGUUGAGAGUAUUAUGCCGUCAGAUGCAAGUUGUGAAGACAUUGAGAUUGAUAAAAGACUUUCAUUCCUCAAUGGCUAUGUCCAGCAAGCACUAGAGAAAGGUGCUCAGCCCUAUAUUCCUGAGAAUGAGCGCUCUGGAAUGUUAAAUAUCAGCAACUUCAGUACCCAAGAUCAGCAUGAAGCUUUAACCCAUGGUCUUAGGUUUGAGGCAUAUGAGCUUCCAAAGCCAGCAGUGCCAUCCAGAAUUCCUCCAGCUGCAGUUGCAUCCUCAACCGAGCUUGUUCCAGUUCCUGAACCAUCUUAUGUUAGGGAGAUCCGCCAGCCUGCAUCAUUGCCACCUGUUUCAGAUGCAGGAUCUUCGGAACUUAAGUUACGACUAGAUGGUGUUCAAAGAAAAUGGGGUAGGCCAACGUAUUCCUCUCCAGCAUUGUCAAUCUCAAAUUCCUCUAGUUCUAGUUCCCAGAAAUCAGCGAAUGGGGUCACACAAAUAGAUAGCGUGAGCACUUCAAAUUCAAAAGCACGUGAUACUUAUGAGUCAAGGAGGCCUCAGGUUGAAAUUUCUCCAGAAAAGCAGAAGCUUGCCAGUUCACUGUUUGGGGGAUCAUCAAAAACCGAGAGGAGGCCAUCUUCUGCCAACCAUAAGGUGUCUAAGGCGAAUAUCCAUGCUUCAGAGAAGCCCCAGGUACCAAAGGCAGCAGCUGUACACACUGAAGUUAAUCAUGAACGUGCUCCAGACUUGCUCGAUUUGGGUGACUCAACUAGUAGUACUGCUUCCACUGUAGAUCCUUUCAAGCAGUUAGAAGGGCUUCUUGAUCAAACUGAAGUUGCAUUAACUGCAAAUCAUGGUGCAGCUGGUGCUGCUAAGACACCUGAUAUUAUGGGAUUAUAUACAGAUACAUCUCUCAGCGGGCUUAGUAGCAGUGUUGGCGACCCUUUGCCGACCAAUAGGGAUGAGUUUAAUCUUGCAUCUGAGUUAUCAAAUGCUACAAGAACUGCUCAAAGUGGGGUAACACAAUUGAAUAAGGGUCCUAACCCUAAAGAUUCCUUGGAAAAGGAUGCACUUGUAAGGCAGAUGGGUGUGACCCCAACAAGUCAGAAUCCCAACUUGUUUAAAGAUUUGCUUGGCUAAAACUGUUCAGAAUGGCAAACUUUCGAUCGUGAUUGUUCGAGAUUGUUUGCUUUGUGGUAUGUGCAUGGUCUUUCAGUGUGGCUGGCUAUAUGAUAGGAAAUACAACUCAAUUCAAACAAGUUUCAAGGCCACCAUGCAGAGCUGUAAAGGCACCAUACACCAAGAAUGGGGGCAAAAAUGAGGUAUAGGCUUUUGUAUUUGUUGGACAGUGGCUUAUGUAGGAAUAUAACCAAGUUGGUGACGCUUGAAUAUGUUGGUUUGAGCCAUUUCAAUGCGGACCUUUUUCUUUGUGGCAAUGUGGGCGGUUUUGCAGCGCUCCACAGACACAUGGUUUUGCCUUGCAUAUUUGUCUACAUUUACACUGCUGUGUGCCUCUCUCUUGUUAUAAUACGGCUGUAUGAAGUGAAUUUUUGUUUUUGUGUUGUAGGGACAUUUAUUCAUGUUUGUCGUAAGUUUUACUUGGUGUCGGUUCACAUUGUAAGUUGUAGUUAUCUUUUUGACUAUGAGAUGCCCCUUGUUAUUUUUGGUGGCUAAAAUUGGACAUUUGACAUCUCCA